GGUUGGCGCCGCAGAGAGGCAGAGAGCGGAGGACGUUUUCCAUCAUCAACGACCAUCUUCCGCUGUCUUUCUGCUCUCUUUGCUGAGGGCGCUGCUUGCUGUCUCCUCCCUUCUUCUACACCCCCUUUUUCGCUUCACGAGCCUAUUUCUUACGAAUAUUCUUCCCUUGUAGCUCACCGCAAAACUCAUCAUGACCAGCACUUCUUCCACUCCUCCGGAUAUCUCAUCCCUGUCGCUCUCUUCCCAGCCCUCUCAGCAACGUCUUCAUGACUCUUAUGACUACGAAGGCGGUGGCGGCAAUGGUAGGAACCCGUACCACUAUUCUACUUCCCCUCCUAUCCCUGCACAGUCCCAGUACAAUCCUCUGAGUCUCAGCCAGUCUCCUCUGAAGAACAAGCCCAUCCGCAGUGGUUUGCCUUCUCAAUGGCUCGACAAUGCACAGGGCAUCCAAGACAACAGAUCUUUGUCGCCACCUAAUAACUCUGAUUUGUCGUCUUCGGGGGGCUCUCCUACCAUGGGCCAUAUGCUCUCUCCAGGCAUCGGGCCAGGAACGCCCGGCCUUGGAGACGAUGAAAUUAUACCCACCGCAAUUGUCAUCAAGAACAUUCCUUUCAACGUGAAGCGUGAGACCCUCCUUGACAUCAUCGCAUCACUAGCAAUCCCUACCCCGUACGCAUUCAAUUAUCACCUUGAUCAAUCAGGCCAGUUCCGUGGACUUGCCUUUGCCAACUUCCGUCAGUCUGUUGAUGCAGAUGCCGUCGUCGCCGCUUUGAACGGCUUUGAUGUUCAAGGACGCAAGCUUCGCGUGGAGUACAAGAAAGUGCUUCAAGCCGGCGAAAAAGAGCGUAUCGAGCGCGAGAAGGCUAUUCGCCGUAUGCGCUCUAUGCAGCUCGAGAAGGAACAGGCUGCCAUGCAACAGGGCUACGACGACUUUGGUCCAGUUGUCACCCCCGGAGCCUUUACCCCUUCGCGCUCCUUCUCUGCUGGAUCUCCAUUCCCUGGUCAACAGUAUUCUCCGCCAAGCGCCCCGCCGAUGCCAACACCUCAACUUUACAGCAUCAACACUCCCCCGAUUGUUCCACCUCCAGCACCAAAGACACCAUCGAACGAGUUAGAUUUGAACGAUCCGUCUACGCUUGAGAUUUAUUCUCGCAUCUUGCUGUUCAAGGAUGAUCGCAUGAGAGAUGAACUGGCGUUCUCCAGGACAUUGACGCCCAAGCAACGAAGGGUGGUCCACCUCGUCGCCCAAAAGCUCGGUGUAUAUCACUACUCCGUAGGAGAGGGAGAAGAACGAUAUGCUGUCGUGACACGUAUUGAUCCUGCUACGCAACAACAGCAGGCACCCACUCCUGGUCGUCAGACCUUAUCGCGUGCCCCGUCUUCUUUCCUUUCGCCAACUUCGCCCUCGCAGACUCAUUCUCUACGCAUGAAGAAGUCCAUGCCGGACAUGAAGACUCUCCAAUCGCCUGCUCCCCGAUUGACCACACGCGCUUCCAACGGCAAUAUCCGGGAAGGCUUUGCCACCAUCGCCUCACCAUCACGUCGUUCGCCCGGAGGUUUCGCAGCCCUGUUCGGCCAAAGCGCCGCCUUCGCCAAUGCCAUUCCUCCUGUCCCCAGUCUCCCUUCUAGCGUGUCCGGCAUUAUGAACGGAGGUGGCAUAGACAACCCUAGUGUUGUUCGCCAACCCCGUGGGCCUGGUGCAGGUGGCUUUGAAAGCAGGAGAGAGAGGCGAGAGAGCCAAACGGCGAGAAAUGGAUUCGAAGCGCGUUCCCAUGAACCCUUGGAAAUCUGAAUAUAAAUCGAGAAGGAAAUGAAAGCCCGGCUACUCAUCGCUGUCGCUCUCAACCUUAAUUUGCAUAUAACCUAUCCUUGUUGUGAAGCUGCCUUGCUCCGCCGACUUGGAUCGUCUUGCCGUCCCACUUCCUGCGUUUUCUUAUUUCGCAUUAGUUUGACGCUACCGCUCGGACUCUCAUUCUUCAACACUCGGUUAAUUCCCUUCCACUUUGGUAUUCAAUAUUCCACUGCCAUUCUUCCCUCUCAUUCUAGUUCUUUCCCCCCUCUGCAAAGCUAUUGCGCUCACAUUUGUGAAUGCUCCGUUUAAUAAUUCUGGCUAUCUCACGCCUUUGUUUUCAGUUUUCCCUCCUGCAGUGCAAGAAAACUCAACCAUUGGUUGCUUUCAGUAUUCCUCCCGUUGAUCUUUGGUUCCGAUUAUACAUAUCUCCCUCCUCGCACUUCGGUAACUCCACUGUCCUUUCUCAUAUCAUAACGUUGCUAUUGCAUUUAUGUUUUUGGUCCCAUAUUCUUUUCUCUCACUCUUACCUUGGUUGUAUGAUCGCACAAUUAGAACGAAGUGGAUUCUUGCAAUAUACCGGACGACGAUUCAUACCUCUCACCGUAUCACCUGCAACGCUCGCUCGAAAACACACGUCGACCAAACACCCGACUUCUUGUAACGCGUAGAUAACUAAUAUAUCUAGAGGUACAUCAAGCAUAUUUAUUACCAACCAGA